UCUGUGAAGCUUCUAAAUGCAAAAAUAUUUAAAGUAUAAAUUGAAUUGAACUAAAUAUAGUGUACAACAUGAAAGAAAUCGAUAUAAAUAUAGAGGGCUACAAUGUGAAUGGAAUAUGUGUCGGUUGUUUGAACUACAACCGUAAAAUGGUUUAUCACAAAGACAUCAAAGAGUGUUUCAAUAAAUUGGCUGAUAUUGAUAUUCCUGAUGGUCUGUCAGUGCAGGUUUGCUGGGAAUGCUUUGCAAACAUCAAGAGAAUAUGUCAGUUCCGAACACAGAUCUUCAAAUCUUACGAAAUACUCAUUAAUUAUUCUAGACAGCAUACAUUUCUGAAUUCGCCAUCAGACUUUACAAAGCAUUCAACUACUCGUCUAUGUACAGCAAGUGUAGCAGUUGAAUGUAUUACUCCACCAUCGACAUUAUCAACUGAGAAUGAAGACAAUGUGGACAAGUUGCCUAUCAAAUAUGAAUCGGUAGCUGAGCCUCUAAAAGAAGAAGAGGAACCCUUCAAUGAAUACGAAGAUAUUCCAAUAGAGUAUGAACAUAAUGAGGUCCAGUCACAAGAUGAUAUAGUGAAAGAUGAGUUGUCAUCGGAAGAUGAUGUGCAACUGUCAGAGUUGAAACAAAAGAAGCAGAGAAGGGAGAGAAGUAAAAAGAUCAAAAAGCACAGAAAAAGCAGUAGUGAUAAGCCAAAACUCACAGAGAAAUCUUCACCAAGUAAUCCUCAGAAGAAACUAAAAAACCUUCCAUCGAACCUUGUCGAAGUCUACACAAUGACGGAAGACGAAAUGUGGACUGUCAGAUCAGAAGACCAGGAAAAUAAGUACUUGACGAGGCUAAGGACGAAGUGUCUGCAGUGCCUGAUGACUUUCAACUCUGAGAAGCAUGAGGCAGAGCAUAUGGCUGCUAAGCAUAAACCGAAAGGCGAAGAUUGCUUGCAGUGCGACGUUUGCAAGUCUUACUUUCUAACGAAAGACCACCUGUCGGCGCAUAGGAAUCUGCACCUAACCGCGUAUAGAUGUAAGGAGUGUGACGUCAGAACUUCAGUGAAAGCGAUAAUCAGACGUCACAUUAAGAUCCACCAAGGGGAUGUCAGAGAGUUUCAAUGCAAGAACUGUGAUAAGUUAUUUACUACUAGAUCUAAACUUUCUUACCACCAAAGCAAAUACCACAAGGAGAAAUUGCAAUGCGACUGCUGCGGCAAAGUGUUUGCGAGCAAAAUGACACUUAAAUACCAUAUCAAAGUUUUGGCUAAAGACGAUAAACCCAAAGAGAAACUUAAUAUUCCAUGCAAAGGAUGUAACAAAGUGUUCCACUCAAAGAAGAGUUAUAGGGCUCAUGUCGUCAUCCACAACGGUAUCACGUAUCCGUGCCCUAUAUGCGGAAAACUGUUCCAAUGGAAGAGGAAUCUCGCCCGUCACACCCGGAACCAUAGAGAAAGGGACGCGGGAGCUUUGCACGAAUGCAGGGAGUGCGGUAAAACGUUCUCCAGUCGAGACUGUUAUAAUAACCAUAUGAAGCUGAGCAAACGGCAUGUUCCAGAGGAUGCGUAUGUGCACGAAUGCAAUUAUUGUGGAAAAAAAUUCGCGACAAAAUGGUGUAUGGUUGACCACAUAGACUGGGACCAUUUGAAAGUAAUAAAGUACCAAUGCAGUGUCUGUUUUAAGCCUUUCAAAACAGCCAAGAUAAUGGUGGCCCACAUGAACAACAUACACGAAGGUAAAAAGAGUAAAGAACCCGAAGGAGAACACCUGUGUGAAGUUUGCGGCAAGUCGUAUAAGACUGUGAAACGGUUGAAAGGCCACGUUUGGGCGAUGCAUACAAACAGAUCUUCUAGUAAGAACUACAAGUGUAAACUGUGUCCGGCCACUUUCGCUUGGCAAACCUCCAUCUAUAAACAUAUGAAGAUGAUGCACGACAACAAGAGGAACAAGCAAUCCCGUUUACCACCUGUGAAGAAACAAGAUCCGUUCCCGGAAAUAAAUUACUUCCAACAAAACAGUCUCGUCCAAAACAUAGUUUUAGUAGCGCAACCCGCAGUACCAACUCACAUUGUAUAAUGAAACUCAAGAAAAAAAUAGUUUUAUGCACGCGAUAAAGUAUGUGAAGCGACUUUUGAUAAGGCUGCAAUUGGGAUGGUUGAACGAUUAAAGUUUUUGAGUUUUAUUAAGCUACAGAAAGCUUGCGUCCCUUUGUAAUAUUUACAGAUGUCGUCUGCAGUUGAAACUUAAAUAACAGUUUUAUGUAGUAUGUACGCGAUAAAAGUGUGUGUAACGACUUAUGAAAAGGCUGCAAUUGGGAUGGGUGAGCAAUAAAAGAUAUUGAGAUUCUCCUUCGUUUUAAGAAGCUAUGGAUGUCUAUUGUGGCCGUAUAAUAUCUACAGUCGGCAACAGACAGUUUUCCGCUUUGGUUAAUCCGCACUGUGGGCCACGAGGUGGUUCAUGGCCCAUUUUCCCUAUUCCAUCCAUAGGGAAUGCCAAUGCCCCAACAGUGAGGACAUUAGUAGGCUGAUUAUGACGAUGUAUCAGUGGAAAUUUCUCAAAUUUCAUUCCGUAGUUGAGUGAAACAAAAUUUAAAUUAAAUAGUAAUAAUUAUUAAGUUUACAAAAUCUCAUUUAGAAAUAAUAAUAGCUUUAUGUACUUGCCAUACUUAUUUAUAAGGUACUUAAUUAUUUAAUAGAUGGUAAUACUUUUAAGUGGAUCAAUAUUUUUUAUACAAAAUUAAAAAUAAAUGAAUUUUAAAUAUUCACGUAUCGUUUCAUUUUACGCAUUGACAAUGUCUCGUUAAUGAUGCG